GGUCACAGAGAAACAUUUCUUGAUCUCUCGUGCUGCAGACCUCGAGAGGCCCCUGUUCAGACUGCACCUGCUGGAACUUUUGUGCAAGAUCCCAGCUGACAUGCCAGACACUCUCCUCCUUGUCACUGUCGAAGCUGACGCAGCGAACGAGACCGGAUGCCAACGAUCACUCCCAGGAGGGAAAACUUUCAUCGUCAGCAAAGACAAGAAUGAGGCCAAGGCCUGGUACUCGCAGAUCCAGGAGAACCUCAAACUUCUGGAGACUCUGCCUGAAAAGGAGCAGUAUGACCUAGAGGACCUGGAGACUGACGCCAAACUGACCGUCGGCUCUAAAGUGAGGCUACAGGGGUUCAAGCCGACAGGAUCGUUUGCUCAGUACAACGGGAUGGAGGGAUGCAUUGAUGACAUAGACCCGACGACAGAUAAGUUCUACGUUGAUGUCGACGGCAAGACGAUCAAAGCAAAGCUCGAGAACCUGAGGGGGAUACGAGAGCUGUUGACCCCUUUCAAGCGCAGAGAGAUGCAGAAGAAAGCGUCUGCCCUCCUUGAUGAGAUAUCGCAAAAGAACAAGAAAGAUGAGAAGUUCCUGGCUCAAGCUCGGAAAAAACUUU